UCUUCCUUUCUGUCUGAACCAACAUGCCUAAAGGAAAGAAGGCCAAGGGGAAGAAGGUGGCACCUGCCCCUUUAGUGGCUAAGAAGCAUGAGGUCAAGAAGGUUGUGAACCCCCUCUUUGAGAAAAGGCCGAAGAACUUUGGCAUUGGUCAGGACAUCCAGCCCAAACGGGAUCUGACCCGGUUUGUGAAAUGGCCACGAUAUGUUCGUCUGCAGCGUCAGAGGUCUAUCUUGUACAAGCGUCUGAAGGUUCCCCCUGCAAUCAACCAGUUCAACCAGGCUCUGGACCGCCAGACUGCUACCCAGCUGUUCAAGUUGGCUCACAAGUACAGGCCUGAGACCAAGCAGGAGAAGAAGCGCAGGCUGCUGGCUCGUGCUGAACAGAAGGCUGCAGGAAAGGGAGAUGCCCCAACUAAAAGGCCACCUGUCCUCCGUGCAGGUGUGAACACAGUCACAUCACUUGUAGAGAGCAAAAAGGCCCAGCUGGUUGUGAUCGCUCAUGAUGUCGACCCAAUUGAGCUGGUGGUGUUCCUGCCUGCUCUGUGCCGUAAGAUGGGUGUUCCAUACUGCAUCGUCAAAGGAAAGGCCAGACUGGGCCGCCUUGUGCACAGGAAGACCUGCACCUCUGUCUGCUUCACACAGACCAACCCUGAGGACAGAGCUGCUCUUGCCAAGCUGGUGGAGGCCAUUAAGACCAACUACAACGACAGAUAUGAGGAGAUCCGUCGUCACUGGGGAGGCAACAUCCUGGGCCCCAAGUCGACAGCUCGCAUUGCUAAACUCGAAAAGGCAAAGGCCAAGGAGUUGGCUACCAAACUGGGUUAAACUCCUAGCACAGAUGUUUGUGUUUAUAAAUAAAACAAUAAAAAAUAAAAGAAA